AUGGAGCGCAGAGUGCUGAUGGUGUUUCUGUCUCUCUGGAGCUCAGUGCUCCGAGCUGAACAUGUUUCAACAGUACCUGAUGAUAUCAGGUUGGUGGGAGGAGCCAGCCACUGUGCCGGCAAACUGGAGAUGAAACACCAAGGAGAGUGGAAACCAGUGGAUUACCAGUACUAUGACUGGAACCUGAGAAAUGCAACAGACUCUGUCAGGCUGGUGAAUGGGACUAACCUGUGCUCAGGCAGGCUGGAGGUGAAGUCUAACACGUCGUGGUCCUCAGUGUGUGAAGAUGACUUUGACCUGCAGGAUGCAGAGGUGGUGUGUAGGGAGCUUGGUUGUGGAGGUUCUGCAAACCUCCAGGCGAUGCCGUUUGGGGCUCCAGUGCUGACCAAAGAGUUCCUUUGUGGCGGCCGUGAGUCGACUCUCCUGGACUGCAGAAGCUCAGCGACAGACACCUGCUCCUCUGGUAAAGCUGUUGGACUCACCUGUUCAGAGCCUGCUGAUGUCAGGUUGGUUGGAGGAGCCAGCCAAUGCGCUGGCACACUGGAGAUGAAAAAAUGGGGCGAAUGGAAACCAGUGGAUGAGACGGACCGGAGCCUGAAGUUAGCAGGUGAUGUGUGUGGACGGCUGGACUGUGGCUCUGUUGUUUCAAACAGAAGAAGAGAAGAGAUCUCACAUGGAUUUAUGUGGAGAAUCGAAUCUGACUGUGAUGAAUCUUCACUGAUUAAAUGUUCUACAAAAAGUGUAUAUUCCUCUUCCAAGCUGGAGAUAACCUGCUCAGACUCCGUCAGGCUGGUGAAUGCGUCUACUCUGUGUUCAGGCAGACUGGAGGUGAAGUCUGAGCAGUCGUGGUCCUCAGUGUGUGAAGAUGACUUUGACCUGAAGGAUGCAGAGGUGGUAUGUAGGGAGCUUGGUUGUGGAGCUCCUUCAGUCCUCCAGGGGGCGCUCUAUGGAGAAAUGCAAGCUCUAGUCUGGACUGAAGAGUUCCAGUGUAAAGGAAGUGAGUCUGCUCUCCUGGACUGUGGACGCUCAGGGUCAACUAAGAACACCUGCUCAUCUGACAAAGCUGUUGGACUCACCUGCUCAGAACCUGAUGAUGUCAGGUUGGUGGGAGGAGCUAGCCGCUGCGCUGGUAGACUGGAGGUGAAACACCAAGGAGAAUGGGGGACGGUAGAUAACGAUUUGUGGAGCCUGAAGGAAACAUCCGUAAUAUGUAGAUGGCUGGACUGUGGCGCCUCUGUUUCAGCAGUAAGGAGAGAGGAUAGCUCAGGACGACCUGCGUGGUUGAUCAACUUUUCGUGUGUUCAGUCUAAAUCUACACUGAGGGAGUGUGUGACAUCAAAGAGUAGUCUUAGUGACUCCUGCCUGGAAAUCACCUGCUCAGAGUCUGUCAGGCUGGUGAAUGAGUCUGGUCCCUGUUCAGGCAGACUGGAGGUGAAGCCUAACCAGUCGUGGUCUUCAGUGUGUGAAGAUGACUUUGACCUGCAGGAUGCAGAGGUGGUGUGUAGGGAGCUUGGGUGUGGGGCACCUUCAGUCCUCCAGGGGGCGCUCUAUGGAGAAGUGGAGGCUCUAGUCCGGACAGAAGAGUUCAAGUGUGAAGGCAAUGAGUCCGCUUUACUGGACUGUGGAGUGUCUGGCUCAGCAAGGAAGACCUGCUCACCUAGACAAGCUGUCGGACUCACCUGCUCAGAGCCAGAUGAUGCCAGGUUGGUGGGAGAGCCCAGUCGCUGCGCUGGUACUCUGGAGAUGAAACACCAGGGAGAGUGGAGACCAGUGACUCACUGGUAUUCUAAAUGGGACCAGAAGUCUGCAGCUGCAGUGUGUGCACGGCUGGUUUGUGGUUCUGCUGUUUCAACAAAUAUAAUAGGAGAUUCUUCAGAGAGACUUGUGUGGUGGAUCGAUUCUUCUUGUGUCCAGUCAACAUCUUCAAUGAGGGAGUGUCUACUGGAGACUGAUGUAAAUGAAUGCUAUUCCGGCCUGAGAGUGAUAUGUUCAGAUUUGCUGGCUAAGCCAAUCAUCUCCCUCUCUCCCUCCAUCGACGGGGUCUCUGAGGCCAAGCAGCAGGGGCCUCAGUUCCUCAGGGGCUCCAACUUCACCAUCAGGUGCUCAGUCGAACCACAGUACCCAGGAGGCAUGUUCCAGCUCAUCUUCACCACCUCAGCUGCAGCACAGAACUACACUCUGCCGGCUGUCAAUCACUCUGCCCAUUUCCUGUUUUCUGCUGCAGACCACACCCACCAAGGGGAUUACAGAUGUGUUUAUCACGUCUGUGUUUUCUCCCAAAACUUCUCCUCUGAGAGCCAGCGACUCUGUCUCUAUGUAGCAGCCUCUCUAACAGAUUUGAUCAUCAGACUGUUUGUCCUUCUCCUGGCUAUGAUGUCAUUUAUUGCUGGUAUCUGCCUCUACUCUAAGGCCAGCAGGGGGCAGAGCCGGGACGUGAGAAGAACACUGGGCUCAGUUGGUGGUUGUGACGGCUGGGGGGUCGAUGAAGAGGCUGUUGGUGGGUGGAAAAAGUAGAAUCUCUGAGGCACCUGUUCCCUCCAAACACAGAUCUGUGAGAACUCUGACGUCUGGGUCUAGAUCCAAUAUUUCUUUGGAAAAAUACAAUUAGUCAGAGUUGUAAUUUAAAGGAUCAGUGGGACUGACUUGGCAGAAAUGGAAUAUAAUAUUCAUGAGUAUGUCUUAAUUAGUGUAUAAUCACCUG